AUUUUCAUAGAGAUCUUUAUUUCUUGCCUCACUCGUUCGAUUAUAACACGAACAUUGGUAGUUUUGUAAGAGAUGGAUACUGUUAAGAUGUCCCAUGAAAGCUCCAGAUAUGAGUGUUUGUUAUUUGAUAUGGAUGAUACUUUGUACCCUAGAAGUAGUGGAAUUAACCUAGCAUGUCGUAAGAAAAUUGAAGAGUUUAUGUUGAAGUAUUUGCAUAUGGAUGAAAAUGAAGUGCCUCAAAUGUGCUUGGACUUGUACAUGGAAUAUGGGACAACCAUGGCUGGACUUAAGGCUCUUGGUUAUGAAUUUGACGAUAAGGAAUUUCAUGCGUAUGUGCAUGGUACCUUACCUUAUGAGGCAUUGAAGCCUGAUCCAGUUUUGAGGAACCUCCUUCUUUCCAUUCCACAGCGCAAAAUUAUCUUCACUAAUGCUGACAAAGCCCACGCAGCUCGAGUUCUUGAGAGGUUGGAUUUGGAAGAUUGUUUUGAAGGUGUCAUAUGCUUUGAAACUCUUAAUAAUAACAAUAAUAAUAAUAACAACCCAUUAUCAUUAGAAAGCAAAUGUAAUGGCAAUGGAAUUAUUCUCUGCAAGCCAUCCAUUGAAGCCAUUCAAGCUGCUAUCAAAAUUGCUGAUACUCACCCCAACAAAACGAUCUUUUUUGAUGAUAGUGUUCGAAAUAUCGAGAGCGGAAAAGCAGCAGGCCUUCAUACAGUUAUAGUUGGAAGCUCGGACUUGGUCCCUGGAGCCGACCAUGCCUUAGUUAGCAUCCACAAUAUAAAAGAGGCAUUACCAGAGUUAUGGGAAGGCGGAGAAGAGGACGCCGACGACGACCAGCCAGAGCAAGCUAUGCAGGCCCUUAUAGUUGAAGCUAUGGUCCUUGCAUAGUUUAUGGGGUACUUCUUAAAAUAAAUGCAUAGGUUAUAUAAAGUUAUGAAUAUUAUAUUAUAGUUAUUGGCGUAAAACAAAAUAAGUUAAUAUGGAAAACCUUUGUGUUCUACAAGCUUUAUUACUUAGGUGAUACUAGAUUAUGUCAAAGAACUGUACCUCACGCCCACUUGGGUGCCUAUAUACACGAAUUUGUACUUUAUUUGUUUCUCUAUGAACAAUAAAUAUAAUGUAC